UUUUUAAUUUGACUUCUUUUAAAUUUACCAACUCUGGCAUACUUGGCAAACAGGACAAGCAUCUACACUUGUUUCUUCCAAAUGUGGCUGAACAGAUCCAGACCAUGGGAAAAGCACCCUUGCCACCUCCCCAGAGGGACAUUUCACCAGUUUAUGGGAUUUUCUGCCAUGUUGACAAGAUCUGGACAAUGAUCACAGAGCCAGAUUGGAUUAGUGAAACCUAUUUACCAGAAGUUCAGAGCGGUUGCAUGAAGCUGAAAGGCAGUCAGGAGGGAGAGGUGGAAAAUGCACCAGAUUUACAGCUGCAGCGACGAAAAUUUAGAAGUUUUCACCACUGUGAUUUCAUCCAAAUCAUGUAGUCCUGCCCGAAGACGAGCCAAAACCACACAGCACAUCCUAACAAAGAGUGUGGUAGCCAUAUCCGAUCGUCGGCCCCACGGGACAGAGAAGCUGCAGCCCUACCAGGGUGACCUCCUCCAGGUGCUGUACAGCGAAGACGAGGUGCGGGGCUUGGGCCGCCUGCAGAGCAGGCAGCGGGGACCCUGUCCCGCCAAGGGCACUGCUCAGCAUGUGGGAAUUACUGAACGAGAGUCAUCCAAGUCCUGUAACCACCUGUUGGAUGGAAAAUCUUUGAUUCCACCAUCACCAGUUGCCCAUAUCACAGUGAAAGCGGUGGCUGUCACAGACUCAUCUGCAGGCAACAGCACUUCUACGGAAGACCACAGGCAGCGCUGGAGGAAGACGGCAGAGUACGACCUGGCCCUGCCACAGGGAGCAGAAGCUUCCCUACCACUGACGGGAGGCAACCUGUGCGGGACACCCAGCCUCCUGAGGAAGAUGUGGAUGAAGCACAAGAAGAAGUCAGAGUACCUGGGGGCAACAAACAGUGCCUUUGAGGCGGACUGAUAAGGCUCAGCAACACUUGGGAAGACCUUUAGCCAGGACAAGGUGCUCUAGGAUCGAUGAGGGAACAGACACAGCACGGCUCAUCCAGGAAAACGAUAUCCUUUUUAUUACUUGAUGCCAUUGCCUCAGAGCGGUGGGAGAAAGGCUAACUAAGGUAAAAAUGGUGAACAUGAUGCAACUCACUGGCCUUUCUUUGUUGCAAUACACUAAAAUCCCACUAGAUUUAUGUCUUGACUCGAUGCUGAAACUGCUGCUAGCCCAUUCACCAUUUUACACAUCCUGUCUGAAUCAGCUCAGACUUGCAACAAGAAAAGCCUACCAAGCAGUUUGUGUAUUCCUGCAAGGCAACAGAUCAAUUAGAGUGCCAUUAAAUCCCAAGGGUCUGCUCGCUGUAUAUCACUGCUUGUCCUCUUCCCCCUCUCAUAUCAUGAGAUAAAAAACACAUCUUACAAUAUGCUUAUUUGAAUGACAUAUGCUAAACACCUUUUAUUCUUCAGUGUUCAUGUUUCAAGACAGGAGUAAAAGAUGCAAAAAUUUUAAAAGAAUGGGUCAGAACUGAGCAAGUUUGCAAACACCAUUUACCAAACUUUGCUACGUGACAAGCGAUCAGUGUUUCAAAGUGUCCUGCCAGAUCAAACUAUGAGCAACUGGAUAACCUCAAGAAAUACUUUCUUCCAUAGAACCUGCUUAUAUGUUAAGUGGUAGUCAGCAACUUACUCUCUACCCGUGUGGUACGGGAUAUUUCACUAAGCGCACAAAAUGCUAGGAGGAAAGAAAAUAUGUAAAUGGUGCAACUAGGUGACUAAACGUGAGAUAUUUGCAUAUAGGAUACCUGUGCUUAUGAAUACAUGGAUUUAAUGGAAGUCACUCAAAAUUUUUUUUCAAUUUAGAAAUUGCUGGACAUGGCCCCUUGGGUUUUCCUCUCAAAAAAAAAAAAAAAAAGGUUUUACAAAAAAGGUUUCACCAGUGUUGUAGACAAUAUUAUAUACUGUCGUGAGCAGUACUUGCCUACUUGCCUCAUAUGAGUGCUCCCCUGGUUAUUAGACUCUUGUUUGCCUAAAUACAGAACUUGAAAUAUAAAAUUGGAGAAAGUGUAUCUCCUGUUGCUCAUAGCAAUGACGAUCUUCUCUAAUCUAACUGCCAGCGCUCUAAAACAUAAAUGAAAAAUAAAGGUCUUACUCUAUGGCAGAAGCAGAGGAAAGAAGCUCCCAUCUGAAACUUGCUUGCCUGCAGCCAGUGUAGUAAAACGCACCGAGAGGCUGCCACACACAGUGCCACGGUACCGAGGUGAGGAGGCUCCAGAGCCGUGAACCCACCGAAGGGCUGAACCGUAUGUUGGCAGCGUUAACGGUGGUUACAGCUCCUUCCCCUCCUACCACAACCUCCCGGGCAACUUCUGCACUUGGGGUACCUGCUGACUUCAUCCACUGCUUGUGUUAACGUCAUCUUCAACCUGGACUUAGAAAAAAAGCAUAUUCAGAAUUUCUCUUACAGCGCAGGAGUGAGGGAGCCUUGGAUAACAGCCUGUGGAGCUGCAGGCUCGGGCAGUUAUCCACCGUCAGGGGUCACCAGCUCAGAAGUACCACCUAGUCGGGAGGGAAAGGCUGCUAAAGCAGCCAGGUGCUCUGGCUUUGGGGUGAGCAGGUUGGAGCAGCACACAGGAAAGCUUCGUGGCUUGACAACCUGAGCAACCAAAGUCUGUGGGAUGGGAAAGCAGCUGGAAAAACCCAGUAGCUUUACAGAGCAAAUGUCCCUGGUAGCUCCGAGGAGGACAGCAGGGGUCACCUACGUGGGGCUGGAUGUGCUGGGAAAGGCAGUAGAAUAGGGAUGGAAGUUCUCAUUUAAAAAGGUAUUAUGGCUUUUCAUACGGCCAGAGCCAACUCAGUCCAGAGUCUGCCAAGGAGGGGAGAGGCACUAGACCUUCAUAAAAUACCUCUGUCAGCCCUCACGUUCAGCUGUCGAUCACUGCUUCAGUCACAGGCUUCUCCUUCAGAGCUGCUCAACAACUCACAGAGGACAGCCUUGCAUCUAGAAGUCACACAGACUCCCCCUUCCUCCUUACCAACGGCAAAAUUCCUUCUCUGGCCCAGCAGCCUGACAGAGGGAUGAUUUGCUCUCCUGCUUUUCUUUCUUCCUCCUGGGAAAGAAGGAGAACAUAGCUCCUCGUUAACCAUGGACUGAAAGGCCCCGGCUGCUGGCAAGGCAAGGAGAAGAGGUGACGGUGGCCCGGUAUUGACCGAUGCCUGCUGAAGACUGCACACCUGAACAGCACCAGAGUGCGUUUCUCACAGGGGUCCACCCCACCUUUAAGUUAGAGCCUGACACAUUGCCCCCCUGUGAUAGCCUGGAUGGACACUGUGACCCUGCCAACAUCAGGUCCUCCAUGACUGAACCAAGCUGGAGCCUUGGCCAAGAUUUUCCUGAAAUGUCUUUUACAAAUAUCACCAACCACACUACACCCCCUUCCCCAGCCCAUAGAAAUCCUGCCAGAAGCCUUAGCCUUGUAGGCACAUGCUAUUUUUACGCAUAUAGGUAAACUUAGUAACUGCAGCGGGACUACUCUCUUGCACAGCAAUGCAUACACUCAAGGAGUAAGGAGAAUAAUAAUCACCUGUUCCCUUUUUUGGUCUCAUUCCCUAAACAAAGCAAAAAUAAAGAAGAUGGACAGACACUGGGAAAAGUCCACUUGCUGCAUUUGGGGUAAUUAAGACAGUGAGCAUUUGUGGUACCUGUCCUUGUAGCUAAUGUGACCCAUAGAGCACCCAACACACAGUCCAGGGCAGCAAGAGUUUUGUCUGUUGAGAGAGCUGUAUUGUAGUAUUUCAUUUGUUAAUUAAUAGCUUUAAGCAGUAUGAGGAUGGAGGAGAGAUGAUUAAUGUUUCUACCUAAUAAUUGCUGUAUCUUGAAAUGUGUAUUUAUGCUUUUCUUAUUUAUCUAAUUUAUAAUUUGGACCUACAAGAGGAGGAGACAUUUACAAGAAGUGUAUUUAAUUUCUCUGUAUUCCAGGAACUGCUGUGGAGGUUUCUUGUAUUGUAGUAGAUACUUAUUUUAUUCGUUCAAAUAAAAUAUGUCCUAUUCAUAGAAAACAAUAAAAGAAACAAGUAGCAUGUG